ACCACGAAUGAUUACAAAUAAAUCAGUAGAAUUGGCGCGCGAUGGUAUUAUAUGAACAUAACAAAAUAUUGUGUUAACUAAAAAGUAGGUGGAAUAACCGAACGAAUUUAGUGUAAUUUAUUCAACAUGCCUUUCAAGAGAUCUGCUAUGCGUUAUGGUCACAUUGUUGGCUAUACCAGUGUGGCAUACCAAGAUGAUGGGAAGCGAAUCCUCAGUAUCGGCCACGAUGGCGACAUACGUAUCUGGGAUGGGGUCUUUGAUGAUGACCCCCAUACCACGUGUGUGGCGGAAAAUGUUUGGGCCCUGCUACAGUACGGUAACCGGGUUUUGAUUGGAAAUGAUUUGAACACCGUACAAGCCUACACGUAUCCCGCGCUGGAGAAGGAUGGAAUUGAUUUCCGGUUCACUGCCUUUGUUACGAGCAUUGCACGGAAUGCGAAAUUCAUAGCCGCUGGUUCGGAGGAUGGAAGCAUCAAAGUGAAACCGGUGGAUGGGGGAGAAGAAUUCGAGUUCGGUGGUUGGGUAGGUCCCGUGCUCAGUAUUAGUAUCAGCGCGGGGAAUUUGUUGGCUGCGAGAUGUGGUGAUGGAAAGCUAAGAGUGUGGGAUCUGAACAAGAAGGAAUUACUGAACACAGUUGAAGAUUUGCGUAAGGUGAAAAGUUUCGAAGGGAAUGCCCAUAUCGCCAGUUCAAGUUUUGAGCCAGUUCGCGGUAAUGUUUUGGCGUAUCCAAAAGGAGGAGAAAUAAUAAUCGUCAAUUCAUCAACUUGGAAGCAACAUAAAGUUCUGAAACAUUCCAAAGUUUGCUCGGACUACACAUAUUGCGCCUUUUCCCCAAAGGGGGAUUAUCUUGCCGCGGGAACCGAAUCUGGUGAAGUUGUCAUAUGGAAUUAUAAAUCCGGGGAGCCGAUGGAGGGAGAAAUGUCAUCCAUCGAUCAAUAUCCUGUCACGGGAUUGUGCUGGAAUCCGACAAACAAUGGCGAAUUGGUGAUGUGUGAUAAUCAAGGGCAACUGGGGAACGUGACAUGUACUUCGGAAGACGAUGACGGCGAGAUAGAUGAUGGAAAUGAUCUCAUGACGAUGGCCGAAAGGGAAGCAACUGGCGUGGAAGAUGACGAUGACGACAUAAACGAAAUCUACUCAAAACAUGUCGCGGGAGAAAAAUUGCUUGCAGACGAUUCAGACGAUGAAAACAGUUUUUCAGUCAGCAAGUUGAAGAGUCAGUACACUACUAACGAUGACGAUCUGGUGAAUGAUUUGCUAGGUGCUGCUAAACGGGACGAAACGGAUUCGCAUCACGGUGCCGAUAAUGACGAUGCGCACUCCGAAGCGAGUGAUAGAGUUGAUGCGCGAUCCUAUCCGAUGCAGGGCCAUUUUCAGCCAGGCUCAACGCCGGACCACUUGCAGCAUCGCUAUUUAGUGUACAAUCACGUCGGGAUAGUGAGGGGACACUCCGACGAGAAGGAAAAUUCAAUUGAGAUUGAAUUUCAUGAUUCCCAAAAGAACCACGGCUUCCAUUUGAACAAUUAUCUGAACCACACAAUGGCCGGUCUGAGUGAAACUGUACUGGCAAUGGCUUGUCCCUCGAGUGCGGACAGCAAAGGAAGCAAGCUGGUGUGUAUAAAUUUCAUCGCUUUUGGCAACAAGGAGUGGAGUAGCACUAUGCCAGGAACGGAAGAGAUCAUUGGAGUGGUUGCUUCGGACAAAAUCGUUGUGGUGGCUACCGAUUCUCGAUUAUUGCGAGUUUUCACAGCAAGAGGAACACAGCGAGAGGUAGUGGCCAUCCCCGGGCCGUUUGUGUCCAUGGCUGCCUUCGGGGAUCACAUUCUUGUCGCUUACCAUCACUCACCAGCGAGCGAAGAUCAACAUUUGAAGUUAAUGAUAAUAACAUGCGUCCGGUUCAAACUGCGUUGUCGUGAGAUAACGCUGGCGCUAUCCGCGGGAGCAAAAUUGCAAUGGUUGGGUUAUUCUGACAAAGGUUCACCCGUCACGUACGAUUCGGAGGGGAUUAUGCGUUUAUACCAUGCCACGGCCAACCUGUGGUUUCCUAUUUUGAACGCAGAGCAGCACAGAAUCGGCGCUUCCGACAGUCUUUUCAUCAUCAGGGUUUCCGAAUCGAUGCAACAGGCGCAAUUGAUCGUAUGCCGUGGGGCUAAAUACCCAUUGACCAAUCCACGCCCCGUCCCGUUGAGCGUCAAGUUCCAGCAACCGAUGUGUGACGUAGAAUCUGAAAAGGGAACCUUCGAAGAGGAACUGGUUCGAAGUAUCUACUUGAAGUGCGACGAAGCCGAGAAAAUUCUAAAGGAAACGGUUACUAAACUGUUUGCUAUAGCCUGUCAUUCGGAAAUGGAUCAGAGAGCUAAAGAGCUGAUCGAAACUGUUGGCGACAGUCAAGUGCUACAAGUUGUGAAGAAAUACGCUAACAAGAUCAAUCGGUUCCAUCUGGCAGAGAGUUUGGAGCCCAUGAAAAAUGCUUUCGAAGAACAGGAAAGGGAAGAGGAAAAACAAGAGCUGGAAAUUGAAAGGGAGGAUGCUGCUAUGGUGAGAGAACUGCAGCACAUCAAUGCAGAAGCGAUAACCAAGAAGGACGCCACCCCUGAAAUUAAACCAUUGUCCAUGUCGAAAAAAGGAAAUCCCUUCAGGAAGAAGGGCAGCGCAUUGAAGUCAACACCCAGUGCGUCCAAUCCGUUGGGUCAUUUGACCGGCAAAGCUAUUGGAUUCAGCUCACCGAGCUCCACCAAUGGUGGAUACCACGAUGGGAAUGAAUCGGCGAACAUGAGUGGGGCAUCCUCGAUGUUUACUGGUGAUGAGAGCGGAGCCACGGCCAACAGCGAAAAUCAGUCGAGGGGCAGCAACACCCCGUCGGGGAUGAAAUUUAUGCCGUGGUUCGAAAUCAACAGGAGACAGCUGAAAGGGGAGAAUCCCGAUGCCACCGAUCAGGAGCUGAUCAAGAUUGGUUUGAAACAGUACAAGGCGCUGAAUAGCUUACCGGCGUCACGCGGUGAGACGGGUGAGAAGCGAAAGCUGGAAGAUUCCGAGAAAAGCGAAACCGGAGUGUCCAAAUUGGCUCGGUUCGGUUUUGUUAAGAAUUAAGAACGAAUUGUUGUGUAAUAUAAGAAUAAUGUUAACAUUUAAAUGAUUACAAACCCCACAAAGUGCUUCGAUAAAGGGUGGGAAAACGAUUAA